AUGGCAGCCCCCAAUGCUGAUGGACUUCAGGCACUCCUUUCUACCCUUCAGAAUUCUUUUGAAACCAAAAUCAUCCUCAGUAUAAUCAAUCUGUUGGAUGAACUGUUGUCAGCAGGUACGGAUCGGCGGGUACAUUAUUUGAUCUCCAAAGGGGGCAGUGAGGCUCUACUCCAGGCCUUUGUGAAUACAGCCAGUUCCAUCUCCCCUGACUACAAUGUUCUGCUUCCAUUGUUGCACCUCCUGGCAAAGGUGGGCCACCGAGACAGGAAGGUUGGGGAGAAGGCAGAGAAGGUGGGGGCUGUGCUCCUGACAUUGUCCCUGUUAAAACAGAAUGUGGAGCAUGCAAGAAGGGCUGCAGCAUGCCUUUGGGUGCUGAGAGUUUUCUGUUCCUCAGCUUCUGCUGCAGCCUUACUUGGUGAAAAUCAGUGCCUAGAUGCUGUUUUCAAACUAAUAUCUCCUAAUGCAACGAAAAACACCCGCACUGUGAAAGCGGCAGUAGAUGCUUUUGCAGGACUUUUGCGUUCAAAGGCCAAUGGGCGGCGUGCCGCUGCCAAGGGCUACGUCUCAGGCCUGCUGAGGCUGUAUGAGGACUGGCACCACAGAGAAGUCGAUCAUACUCGCGUCACCAUCUGCAGGGCACUGCUGCACUGCCUAAACCAAGCAAUCAACACCAGCGCUGCUAAUGCUGCCCUGCUUGCGGACGGGGGUCUCGGCCUGCUGUUCCGCACCACACAAGCUUGCUUGGACAAUGAGAAGCUCCUGCCUCUAGUGGAGCCUGCCGUUCAGCUAAUGCGGAAGUGUUAUCCAAAGAGCUCCAUUCCCAUCACAUCAGAGUGGAGUACCCAUGUCUUUCCCCUGCCUUCUGGUUCCCCCAUGGCAAGGAACACUGUGCCAGAGACCCAAGAUGAAGAUUUAGAAGAAGAUAAUGAGGAUGAUAAUGAAAGCAGCAACGACCAUAUGUUGUUGAGGAGGAUGUUGGUCCUCAUCCUUUCUGGAAAUAACCCCAAUGGUCACAAAAGUGAGGAGGGUGCACAAGAGACUCCCACAGAAGUCAGCAGCACUCUCCCCCCACUGCUAGUGUCACUGGGAGACAGGAAGGAUGAUGACCAGGAGAUUAAUCUAGACAAGCUGCGGGCCCAGUCCGAGCCUGACAGACCCUGCGACCAGCUGGGACAGUAUGCUAGGCUAUGCUCAGAGCUGCACCAUGACUUCCAGGAUCUGGACUCAAGAUCAGAAAGGAAGGCAAGCGCAGAUGGACAGGAUCCAGUGGCUAAUGGCUGCAACUUCGAAGCUGAAAAAUGCAACAUUUUCAGACCUGAAAGCUGCUUGAAUGAAGAGAGGACCCUUCGAUCACUGUGUGUUCUUCAAGAAAGCCAGACCCCCCAUGAGGGAUCAGAAAAGCUUUGUUUUCUGAACGAGCCCCCACAGGCCAGUGGUUUUCAUGGCAGCUGCCUCCGGAAGCAUGAUAUGGUGGCCAAGUUACUAGAGAAGUACAGGACCCAUCCCCCACAUCACUCACUAUACUCUGUCCCUCAUGACUCGCAUAUCUACACUGGUGCUGCUGCUACUAGGACAAAGUCUGUAGCUGGUUACUCAGUUAUGGCCUUCCCUGACUACUGGGGACAUCUCCCACCACAGAUCCAGGAGCCAAUGGUAGUGCGGCAACCAAACAUACAAAGAAAGAAAAUUUUUGAGGAUAUCCAGCGAUUUAUCUGCCCUGAUGAACUGAUCAACAAAAUUGUUUUUGACCUGGAAGAUCCCAGCCCGCAGGCUUCAGAUCUUUCCAACAGCCUGCAGUUCUUCUCAGGAUUUGAGAGUGGAAACCUCCGAAAGGCUAUCCGUGUACGCCGGAAUGAGUACGACCUGAUCCUGAAUUCAGAUGUCAACUCCUCUGAAAAUCAUCAAUGGUUCUACUUUGAGGUCAGCGGUAUGGAGUCUGCUGUAUGCUACCGCUUCAACAUUAUCAACUGCGAGAAAGCCAACAGUCAGUUCAACUAUGGGAUGCAACCUGUCUUGUUUUCUGUGCGGGAAGCUCUCGAGGGACGGCCAUACUGGGUUCGGAUUGGAAGUGAGAUCUGCUACUACAGAAACCAUUACUGCCCGUUCCAAGGUCCCAGGGGCUCCUCCUACUACACGCUCACCUUCAGUAUGAUCUUCAAACACAGUGAGGAUGUUUGUUAUCUCGCCUACCAUUACCCCUACACCUACUCUGCCCUUCAGAACCACUUGAAGAUCCUUCAGGAGUCUGUGGAUUCCCGUAAGAUCUUUUUUCAGCAGCAAACCUUGUGCAGCACGAUUGGGGGAAACUCUUGUCCUGUGGUCACCAUUACCGCCUGCCCAACCUCUCACAGCUGGACUCACUUGCAUCAGCUCCACAACCGACCUUAUGUGGUGCUGACAGCAAGAGUGCAUCCUGGUGAGAGCAAUGCUAGCUGGGUGAUGAAGGGCUCUCUGGAGUUCCUGUGCAGUGAUGACCCUGUGGCUGAAGCUCUGCGUGAAAUCUACAUCUUCAAGAUUAUUCCUAUGCUCAACCCAGAUGGCGUCGUGAAUGGCUCGAGCCGCUGUGCAUUAAGUGGUGAGGAUCUCAACAGGCAGUGGAAGAAGCCUGACCCCAAUCUUAGUCCCACCAUCUACCAUGCCAAGGGUCUUCUGUCCUACCUCAGCAGCACUGGGAGAAGCCCACUGGUGUUCUGUGAUUACCAUGGCCACUCGAGGAAGAAGAAUGUUUUUCUCUACGGCUGCAGUGUGAAGGAGACCCUGUGGUAUUCAGGAUCUGUGAUCAACACUGCCACUCUGAAAGAAGACACAGGGUACCAUACAAUUGCAAAGGUUCUGAGCCAGCUGGCCCCGGCCUUCUCCCUGAACAGCUGUAGCUACGUGGUGGAGAAAUCCCGGGAGUCUACAGCACGUGUGGUAGUGUGGCGGGAAAUGGGUGUGCACAGGAGCUACACCAUGGAGAGCACUUACAAUGGCUGCAACCAGGGCAUCUACAAGGACAUGCAGCUGGGCACAAGGGAGCUGGAGGAGAUGGGCGCACACUUCUGUGCAAGCUUGCUGUCCCUGAGAAGGAACUCUGUUCUCUGUAAUGCGAAGCUCAUGCACCAUGCUACUGCACUUCUUGACCUGGAAGUCAACCCCCCGGACCAUUCUUCCCAGAAGUCCUUUGAGGAUGAUGAGCCACCAUGCAGUGAGACAAUUGAGUAUUGUGGCAACUAUUAUCUGAAACACAGUGGAGACGAGCUUGACUCUGAGAUUAAUGACAACGUCUCCAGCUCAGAGGAGGAGGAUGAGAAGGAUGAGGAAGAUGACAAUGAUGAUGACAAAGAGAUAGAUUGCCUAAUUAGACACUGCAGUGUGGUGAACGACAAUUCCUGCCCCGAGCAGAACAAGGGGAAAACCUUUCCACCACCCCUACCCUGCAACAGGAACAUUGAAGUUGCCUACACCUGCAUGAGUGAUAACUCUUGGACUCAGCUGACCAGUCUCCUGUCUAGGGUGUACCCAAUUUUGAAGUGA